CUGAGGUGGAAGCAAAGCCGGAAGCAGGAAUUGUACAUUACAUGAAAGAAAGGAUGGCGACAGUGUUGUCACAGUGCAUUUUGUUAUUGUUUAUUUUGCUGAGUGUGACUAUUCAACCGUCUACACUCCAAGAUGCACAAAACACUUCUAAAGGAAAUAAAAAAGAUUCAACGGAAGUUAAUGGCAAUAAAACGAAGCCUAGCAGUCAGGAGUUGGUGACCUCGAGAAACAAGGCUACUCAGCCUGUGACCAAGCCAACGUUACCUACUGCUCAGGUUUCCAAACCAAAAGUAGAUGAGCAUUCCAAUUCAGUCACAAAGGGGGGGGAUCAGGUGACCUCCAAGCUAAAUCCUACUACCCCCAAGUUGGACUCUAAACAGGUGGUUAGUCAAGAACAGAAACCAGAUAAAAAUACAGAGAAGCAAAAUACUUCAAAGAUAGUUUCAAGGAUUGAACCCUCUAAGACAGGUCAAUUGUCCAAGGAGUCCCAGUCAGGGACCAAUCAGAAAUCCAUUUUAAAUCCAAAGGAAGUCACAGAAAAAGAAUUGUCAGAGGAAGAUGAGGUUACAGAAGAGGCGGUAGAGCCCAAGUCAGACGAUGAGCAGGGAACAGAAACUGAAGAUGAGGGAGAUCAAACUGAGAAUAACAAAAAUGAAGAAGCGAAAGUAGUAGAUUCAGAAGAUGAUGUAUUGAAAGGAAAUGAUGAGAACAAACAAGUCAAACCUGCCCCUGUGGAUGAUUCGGAAAGCAGCCAUUUCUUUGCCUACUUGGUGACUUCUGCAAUCCUGGUAGCUGUCUUGUACAUAGCAUAUCACAACAAACGCAAGAUCAUUGCAUUUGCACUAGAAGGAAGACGUGCUAAGGGUUUCAGGAGGCCAAACUCUGGGGAAUAUCAACGACUAGAGCACAAGAUAUGAGCUCCUUCUGCCAAUCAACAAAAUGAGAAAUGGCCGCUGCUUCAGGAUUAACAUCACAGGAUGGCCUCUCCAUGGGUCUUGAGAAACCCUGUUUUUGCACUGACAAGCGUGUAUGUGUGUAUGUUUGUAUGUAUGCACAUGGAAACAUGAGAGAUGGCAUGUGUAACCAAAAUAAUUCCUUUCUUUUAACCCUUUAAGGACACAGCUUUCAGUUUGCUCAAUUGUUUUAUGACGGAAAAAUUCCGUCAUAUGUCCUUAAGAGGUUAAUUUACUAUCUUCUGAAACCUCUUUGAUAUAUUUUUCAACCUGAGUCUACUUGAUCACAUGAUUCUUGAUUUCCUGUGCUCACUUAUAUUCUCUGAACCUUUUGAAUCUGCAUUUCUAAACGUAAUACUUAAGGGGACUUAAUACUUAUAUGCUACAUCAUUUGAAAAUGAUACAACAUAACUUUAAAAGAAAAUAUUGCUUGAACAUCAUAUGUAAAAAAGGAAGAUGCUGUACCUCAAAUAUUCUUCAGCUUAACAGAGCUACUCCUUUUUACGGUCAUCUGCAUGCUGAAAAACAGCCAAUCACCUUUAUCAGUGCAGAGUUCACACUUUUGCUUUACUGUGACCUCAUGGGAUUUUAAAGAAAUCUCACCAAAAUUUAAUACUAAACUUCCUUAAAGAAGGGAGAUAACAUGAAUGUGCCUGCUUUUUCCAGAAGUGUGCUCCUUUGCAUGUCCCGGGACUAGCCUCCUGAUUGGCUGCUUAAGUCCAUUUACAAUGGCAUGUGGGUACUGAAGACAUUUUAUAGUCAAUUUUUUGUAGAUAUGCUGCAUAAUUUUCAAGUGAUUCAAAAUUUGGGUAUCCUGUCCCUUUUAAGUGGUUGUAUGGUUUAAAAUAUUUGGUUAUGUUUGGUGUGAUUUGAAUAGCACUUUCUUAAUUUGUAUUUUUUAUUAUUUUUGUUCAGGUACUAUUCUGAUAUAAGUUUAAUUGAGGUAUGUUUCAAGAAAAAGGGUUAUAUCUCUAGGUCCAUCGAUGUAUGUGUGUAUUUUUUUAGAUUAUUUUGUUUAGUGUAAGCAACACAAAUCACAAUUUUUGUCAUGCCUUUAAAGAGUAUGUUGUAACAUUAUAGAAGAUGGUUAUAAAAUACAUAUUUCAGCAUAAGAAUUCACUCCCUCCUCCAACUCUAUGCUGUAAAUUGCGUUCAACAGUCGUGAAGCCAAUACCCACUGGAGACUUACUGCAAUUCUAUAUUUGUACUAAAAAAUAACAAAUAUGGGUUGUACAUUUUCAUAUUCUUUGCAAAACAACAAACAUUCUGUGUCAAAAACUAACAUUUUUAAAUGCAUGACAGAGAUUUUGGAAUACCUCUUUAAAUGGGAAUCAACAUCUUUAAAACAUAUUUCCAGUUGUAGCAGGUAUGAUUUUUGAACCUGGUAUUUUUGAUUGCCACUUUAAUAUCCCAACAAACCCGUGAAGGUACAAUCGGAUGAUGUAGUAAAUGUGUCAAAUCCUGCCACACUCAAAAGAGAUGGAAAUCAUAAGUUGAAGGGACAUGGAAGUGAUAUUUUAAGGCAUUAUUUUCAUUACAAAAUGAAGACAGAUAUUGAAAUAUGCUCUAAAUACAUCACUGUAUCGACCUUACACAUAGUCCAUUCAUUUUUAAAUUUUGCAACACAGUUUGAGAAUCACAAUUAUAGAGGCUGAUUUAACAAGGGCCAAAUGGUCCCCUGUUCCCGCCGCCAGAAACGGGAGUUAAGCAGCGGUCUUAACUCCUUAACUCAUCCUCCUGCUCUGAGGGGCGGAUAGCAAUCAACCCGAUCAGUUACAAUUGGGUUAAUUGACACCCCCUGCUAGCGAAUCUGCAGGGGGCGGCAUUGCACAAGCAGUUCACCAGAACUGCUUGUGCAAUGCUAAAUGCUGACAGCAUAUGCUGUCGGCAUUCAGCGAUGUCUGUCGGACAUGAUCCGCUAAGCGGAUCAGUCGGACCGACAUUUUGUUAAAACGGCCCCAUAGUCUGGUUCAGUUUUAAGCAACUUUCCCAUUUACUUGUGUUAUCAAAUUUUGUUCUUUUGGUAUCUUUUAUGGAAGAGUAAAACUUAUUCCUCUAUGGCAGCAGUGUUUUGCAACAUUUAUUUGUAGCUUUGUUAUACAAUGUUGCAAAACACUGCUGCCAUAGAGGACUAAAGACACGUGCACACUCCUCUUAUGGGCCUACCUAGUUUUACUCUUCAAUAAAAGAUAUCAAGAGGACAAAGCAAAUUUGAUAGUUGUUUAAAACUUUCAUGAUUCAAAAAGAGCAUACAACUUUAUUUUUUUACUUUUACUGUCCCUUUAAAUUAAAAAAGGGACCUUUUUGUUGUGGCUUAUCCUAGUAGCACUCACCAGCAAAUUAGAUUGCUCUCUAACUGGAUUGGAUGUAAAUUUUAAGUCAGAAAAAUUUAGUGUUUCUACUACCCCCCCCCCCCUCCCCCACACCACCACCACCAAAUCAGAGAUUCUGGAGUGCAGUUCAUGGAAUGUAGAACCUUGACACUUCUAAAUCCUGCCCUAUUGCUGGCUCUAUUUGACCACAGCAUGGGAAGUAAACUGAAAAAUUCAAGAGGAUUUUCAAAGGUUGUAUCCACAGGCCUGAAUAACAAAAUGACAGUUAUACAUGCCUUUAAAACAUGCAUUCAGAUGUUUUGCCAAUGCAUGAACAAUUUUUGAUGCACAAAUACAAACAUUUACAUUAAUGGCGCUUUUAAGGAACCCUAACAGACUAUAUUUAAAGGAGUUGUCUGCUAGAGUGCAGUUGAUGUGCAUAAUUAAGGAAAGUUAUGAUAAAGAGCUCUGUCCCUUUUUCUAUAGAAUUAUUUCAUGAAGUAUUCUUUUCCAUUUGGCCUUGUCCAACAGGGUAUCUUUCAUGAUUUUAUUUAAUUGCCUCUUAUGUACAGCUAUUCCUUGUCAACAAGAAAAAGAGGUGCCUUUUUUUAAAUCCGUUCCUGAAAUUGGUUCUUUGAAUUAGCCAAGUUAAAAUUAGAGUAAUUGUUCAUAAAUUGAGGAUGAAAUCACUGUUGAAAGCCUUUCUGCAUAUUCAAGUGACAGCAUUUCAUCACUGCUCCCUACUUUUCAUCACUGCUUAUUUGCCAACAGGUGCUGAUCUAAUACUACAGUUUAGAGUGAAGGGCAAACAAGUGUUUCAUUACAUAGUAUUACUCUUUGGCUCACGUAGAGGCAGAGCUUUUAUAAUUUUUUUUAAUCAGGAGACGAACCAUUGGUUUUUCUUCUACCAGACACAGAUUUUCUCACAAGCAAACUUUACCCUUGUUUUAACCAUAAGUUAUCAAUGCCUCCCUUAUUUAGUAGGGUUGGUAUGUUUCUGCAGACCAUGCCAGCUUGCUCAUAAGAUGAGUCUUAUAAGAAGGCUUUCCUCUACGACACAUGCAAUCUGAGCCAGGUGAAUAUUUCAUUCUACUUCAUUGAUGCUUGGUCUGUAUAUGUGGGACUUUUGGUCUAUAAUGGCUUUUCAAAAUUAAUGAAAAUAAAUUAUCGUGGUAACUUUAUGUUUUGGUGGGUUUUUCAGUUGGGUAAUGUUUUCUUUCCAUUUCCUGUUAUCACAGAAGUGCUUCAAAAGAUUAAGUUAGACAAAGCAGAAUUCAUCACAGUGCCGUAAUGCUAGCCAUGAUGGAUUUUAUUUCCUUGCUUUCAAAAUCUGGAUUUUGUCUUUCCUUGAAUUCUCCCACUAUGUCCAUAUAAUACUAAUUUAAGCCCACUGUAGUUAAUCAAUCAUUAGGAUGUACAAGUAUUGACCAUGACAACUGAUAAAACAUUUAGCUAAGUCAAGAAAGCUAAGCUCUCUGGCACGGUUAUCGAACCUUUAACAAGCCCACAAGGUAACUGCUUCAACCAACUGUUGUGUCUGGAACAUUUUUCCUAAUGGCUGGAGUCUUAUAGAAAGUCUGAAGUUAUAGAAAGUCUGGAAUUUCUCUGUUGUGCUUUUCUGAAGGGCUUUAGCACAACUGCAGGAUUCUACAUUGUUAGCUGUGGUCCACAAAUAUGUGAUCCUGCAGUUAUUGUAAUCCAUACCUAAUUUCCUGCCAAGAUAAGAUACAUAUUUUGUGUGAUUUUUUUUUUUUUUUUUUAAUAUAUUUUGUGCUUGAAGCUUUAAUGUAGCCAUCGUUGAACAUUACGCAUGUCUGCAGAACCAGACCAUGAAAACUGUAUUCUUGGUUGGUAUAACUUACGUUUCUCAAGCGGAUGAUUUGCAGACAUCAUUUUUUUUGAUCACAGUAUAUAGGCUUGUCAUUAAGACAAUGUGGUUCUCCAUCUGUUUCCUGGAUCCAUGUCAAUAGUUGUUUUGGGUAUUUUGAAACAUUUUAAAUUAUGGGGGGAUGGGGAACCACAAAUAUCUUUGCUUGUGUGGUUCAUUGACUCCCAGUUAAUAUAAAACUAAAGAAAGCAGACGCAGACUUCUAAUAAUUCAUCAGGAUCAUCAAAAGGGGUUACCUUCCAUCUGUGAUAAAAAUCCCACCAGAGGCCGAUGUCUCCUCUUGAAAUCCAUGAUACACAAAUGUAUCAAUUUCCUUCUGAGACACUACUUAACUGUAGUUUAUGCAUUAAUUAAUGCCUUUAUUAGCAGAAAUGUUAUAUAAUAUGUAUUGUGAUCUACGUAUCGAUCCUGUGUCAACAUUUAAUUUAUAGUUUAGUGUUUUUUUCAUUUUUACUGUUUUCUGUGUCAUUUCUGUCCUAUUUCAUUAUUGGAAUGGUGAGUGUUUCUAGGGUGCACCGAUAUAAAGCUACGGUUCCCUUUCACUUUUCCAGUAUUGUUAGGAGGAGGACGUAGGAGGAUUUAAAAGGGCAUCAGGUUUUUGUCCAGAGUAUGAUUCUAUUUUCCAUUUAUGAACUAAUCCUACAGCAUGAAGACGCUUUGGGAAUGGUUAUGAUAUAUUUAUAGGAGCUAAACUGCUCAGGGAUUAUUAGAGGAAACUAUAAAUGUGCCACUAUAUAUUAUUUAUAGAAGAAAGAUUAUUUAUUUUGCAAGUGCGGGACAGGAAAAGUUUUAUGUGUCUAGCACAACAAAUGUUAAUUAUUUUAUUUUACAAAGAGCUGCAAGCACACUACAAUACAGUGAUUCAUGGGACGCAAAACUAAAAAAAAAAAGUGGUGUUUAAUCAUUACCAAAAAAAUAUAUUUUGGUUGUUUAUAAACAUUUGAUUCAUUGUAUUUAAACCAUCCCCUAACCUACUCUUCACGGUUUUUAUAUUUCCAGCCAAUCAGGGCUGUUGUGCACCUGAACUCUUGAUUUCAUUGGCGUAAAGCAACAAAGCCCAUAUUAUGAAACCAGAGAAGGGACCAACCGUUAUUUUCCUGCUUUUCUGAAUGCGUAGCAGACAAUUUGGAACUUGGCUGUCCUUUUCUGUAUUGCAGCAAUAGAAUUUUUUUUUUUUCAGGGCCCAGACUUCUACAGAAAUUAUGUUACACAUCACGAACUGCCCAAUCACAUCCUUAACAUGUGCUUUCACCACGCCAUGUGACGAUGGGUGUGCUUCUUGUGCGCUCACACUUGCAGGCAGACUAUAUGUUAGUAAGUCUGCAAAUUACUCUGUUUACCGUUUAUCUGGAUUGCUGCCUAUUAGCUGUGUACAGUUAAACAUGGAAAAAGAUAAAAUAUUGGUAGCAAUCUAGAUAAGUACCAAAUUUCCACAUACUGUGCAGACAAACCACAUCUGUACAUGGGCAAUGCUGCGCAGUUUGCUGCUUUUUUGUGUUGUGGAAAGCAAAAUGUCCCUUUAAGGUUUCAGAAUAUACGAAUUGUGUGCUAGGUGUGUUGGAUUCAUGAAAGCAGAGGGUAAUCUAAACUAGGUAUUUCCUUAUAUUCUGUAACAAUACUGACAACCCAUUUUCCUUAUACAACUCCUGCUUAUAGUUUGUUUUAUUAUAAAUUAUACAAGCUUAUAAAAAUCCCUAUUUGUCAUUUCUAUAGUACAAAUUGUGAAGUUGGGAAGAAAUACAGAAGUAAAGUAGUUUGGGUUUGGUGUAAGUAUUAAAUGGUUAUAAUGUUUAUAUGACAUGUUUUUUUUUUAUUAUUCUUGUUCUCAAUAAACACCAUGUUGCACCUUUUAAAGGAGAAA